AUGCUGUUCCCAACAUUACCAAUGUGCAUGUAUGGAGUUGCGGAGUUUGCCCUCGCAUCCGUGUUAUACCAUGCAGACUUCCUGAGAACGAAUUUGCAGAGGAAUCAUCCUCUUUGGAAGUCAGCCUUGUUUCAGGACGAAGCUAUGCUGAAUACUUUGAAAUCAAUUGUUUGCUGCAUGCCAAAGGAAGCAAGGGGCAGAAUGGAAGCGACAGGCAUUCCUCCACACGUUCAUCAAUAUGUCCACUGGCCAAUGACAAGGUUAUUGCGUCCCUAG